UGCUGCUCUGAUCCUAUAGUUAAAAUUCAGAGAAUUAGGAGUGACGUCAUCCGUAACAAUAAAAAAGCUUCUCUUGUGAAGAUGAUGUCUACAAAAGACAUGGUUAAAGUAAUGGUUGUCAUGUUCGCGGUUUGUUUUCUUGCAAGAUCGGAAGGGAAGUCUGUUAAGAAGAGAUCUGUGAGUGAAAUACAGUUUAUGCAUAACCUGGGCAAGCAUCUGAGCUCCAUGGAAAGAGUGGAAUGGCUGCGUAAGAAGUUGCAGGAUGUGCACAACUUUGUUGCUCUCGGAACUUCUAUAGCUUACAGAGAUGGUAGUUCCCAGAGACCCCGAAAAAAGGAAGACAAUGUCCUGGUUGAGAGCCAUCAAAAAAGUCUUGGAGAAGCAGACAAAGCUGAUGUGGAUGUAUUAAUUAAAGCUAAACCCCAGUGA